GCGGUUGGAAUGCAGCAUGAUCGUAAAACAAAACCCUCACUGGUCUUACCAAUAACAGCUUAUACAUUGUGACUGGCGAGAGUAAUUAACGUUAUACCCUAGUAGAUAUCAGAAAACAAUAUUCAAGAUGUCAACAGGGAGAUUGUAUAAUAUAUUUUAUUUAUUGACCAUCAUAACGUUUAUUGACGUUGAUGCCAAGAUCGUAGCACGGGCAGCCUGCGAUGACGACAUGUAUUUCUACGCGGAUGGUGUUUUAAUGGCAAAUCACAGUGAUUGGAAGAUACCAACACAAAUAGACCUUCCUGACAACACGGCAGUUAUUGGAGUACAUUGCGUGGACCGAGGAGGCUUUGCUGGUAUCCACGUUACUUUCACUUUAAAUAAACUUUAUAAAACUGACACAUCAUGGAAAUGUUCAGCAAAAUUUGAAGAAAACUGGAGUACACCGGGGUUUGAGGACGGGAACUGGGAUGCUGCUUCAAUAGCGUAUGAAUCACACCACAAACGAACCGAUUGGAUAUGGACAUCUGGCUACAGAGGAGAAGACACAGAUGUAUAUUGUAGGAAGAAAAUACAAGAUCAACCAAUAAUAAGAGAAUUAAAAUCAGAUGCUGUUGACAACAUAAUAGAUGAAAACUCCAGUGUUACUAUUGACUGUUUGGUUGAAAGUAUCCCGGCGGCACGUGUAUCAUGGUCCAGAUCACAACAAGGGGGCCAACUCUAUUCUGGUAGUCAAUAUACCAUACCGAAAGCUAGUUGUCAACAUACAGAUAACUAUACCUGUACAGCUAGUAAUAAUAUUGGCCAACCUGUAUCUAAAACUAUUCCACUCGUUGUCAGAUGUACCCCAGUUAUGACUACCCAGGCUAUAGUUGUUAUAACUAUGGAUGUCGAUGACAAGCCGUGUAAAGAGGACGAUGACAAGCUAGGAGUUGGUAUAGCUAUAGGUGUUGGUAUUAGUCUGGUUGUUUCCGGUGUCUUAUCUGUUAUUAUAUGGGGUAUCAGGAAGAGAAGAGAUGCCAUCAUGUCAAAUGAUGGACACGGUAUAAAUGACACAGUAAGCUCCCAGUCCAGAGAUAUUACCACCAGAUAUUGUAAUAGUCCUGUAGACACUGAUGAUUCUGGAAAAUAUGUAAACACUCUAUAUACCUCUACUUCCUCCGACUACGAAGGACUGGAUGAGCACCAACCGAACAUCUAUCUACCACUCUCGAACAAGAGACUGGGUCAUUGAGUCUUAUCUCAAUACACACAACCACAUGGUCAAACUUACGAAAUGACUGGAUGACCAAACUAUCGACAAACAACAAAUCUCUCGGACCUUCUUCAACUAAAGAAUGGAACAAAUUGGAGAGUUUGUGUUAAUAUAUUGACAAUACAACCAAUAAUUUAUCAGUUAUAUUUGUUAACUUGUAUUAUUAUAUUAACUGAAUGUAUUAAUGUAAUGAAAACAAUAAAAUUCUUUAAAAACAUAAUUCAUAUUAAUAUACCACAUAUUUAAAUUAUUGGUUGUUUAUAAUAUAAAAAUACAUUAAAUACUGUAACCAUUGUUUAAAAUUUUAUUACCAAACUGAUUAUUAUAUGAUUAUAACUCUGGGUUAACCUAACGUAUUUAUAUUAUUAUAAUAACUAAAAAACUUACUGCAAGUUACGGUGGCUGAUAAGGGACAUGAAAAAUAAUAUAAUUUGUUUUUUUAUAAUUUUCACCCAAGUCAAUUUUAAUUUUCACCCAAGUCAAUUUUAAUAUAAUUUGUUUUUUAUAAUUUUCACCCAAGUAAAUUUUAAUAUAAUUUGUUUUUUAUAAUUUUCACCCUAGUCAAUUUUAAUUUCCACCCAAGUCAAUUUUAAUAUAAUUUGUUUUUUAUAAUUUUCACCCAAGUCAAUUUUAAUAUAAUUUGUUUUUUUAUAAUUUUCAUCCAAAGUCAAUUUUAAUAUAAUUUGAUUUUUGUAAUUUUCACCCAAGUCAAUUUUAAUUUCCACCCAAGUCAAUUUUAAUUACCACCCAAGUAAAUUUUGAUAUAAUUUGUUUUUUAUAAUUUCCACCCAAGUCAAUUUUAAUUUUCACCCAAGUCAUUUGUAAUAUAAUUUCAAUUCUGUUGAAUUUCCACCCAGCGCGUGACGUCAUCUCAAUUAGCCUCGUUUCCAAUGUAAUGCAUUAUGUUUUAUCUUAUAUGGUUCUCAUACUGUAAUUAGCAGAUUGCAAUGUAUUAUGUUUUACCUUAUAUCAAAUAGAUAUUUUUAUACGCCCACAUUUUCAUAUGGACGUAUAUUGUCGUCACCCCUCUCCGUCCGGACGUCCAUCCAUAAUUUGUUUGUGGACACUAUACAGGUCACAAUUCUUAUCCGAUUUUUACGAGACUUGAAAUAUAGGUUUUACUCCAAAAGAUCUAGGUUCCUUUCGAUAUUGGCAUGUAUCGGAUUGAAACUUUAUGAAUUAUGGCCCCUGAUUGUACGAAAAGUCACCUUUUUUUAGCGUGUGGACACUCUAGAGGUCACGAUUAUCAUCUGGUUUCUUUCGAUAUUCGCCCUCAUCGGAUCUUAACUUACGACCCUUGAUUGUACGAAAAAUCUCGUUUUUAGCUUGUGGUCCCUCUAUAGGUCACAAUUUGUAUCCGAAUAUAUCACCGUUACGCCCUAAUGAUGAUUGAGUUCGAGUUUUCUGAAAAUCUGACCGAAACUGCCGGACAAAAUGGUCGCCCCUCGUACGCAAACUUUGAGAGAGAGAGAGAGAGAGAGAGAGAGAUGGGGUUUAACGUCCACUCGACACAAACUAGGUCAUUUCGGGACUAACAUAUGAUUUAAUUUUAUUUCAAUAAGUCGCUUGCGCGUAGGUGUCUUUAGCAGUGGGAGGAAACCGGAGGACCCGGAGAAACCCCACGAGGUUGGACGCAAACUUUGAUGAAACUUAAAAUAUAUAUCCCAAAUAUCUCAGUCCAUGUCGAUAUUCGCGCAUUUCAGACCAUAACUUCAUGGAUUAUGGCCCCUGGUUGUAUGAAAAAUAGCUUUUUUUAUUGCUUGUUCUCAAUCCACCUCUUGCAAAAUAUGGGCGUAUCUUGCCUGACAACCGCUGGUUCUCAUACUGUAAUUAGCAGAUUGCAAUGUAUUAUGUUUUACCUUAUAUUAAAGAGAUAUUUUUCUCAUUCUAUAAUUACAUGUAUCAGAUUGUAAUAGAUUAUGAUUUACCUUAUAUCAAAUAUUUAUUUUUCUCAUACUUUUAUUAUCAGUUCUUGUUUAAAUUAUAUAUGUCACCAGAAAAGCAAUUACUAGUGUAAUAAAGAUUUUUGAUAUUAUAACAUGAUGACUUUUUAGGUGAACACAAGCAGGCCUGUCAGCGUAUCAGAGCCAAAAAUGAGGCCUGUAAUUACAUUUGAUUUAUAUAUACUUUAUGGACUGAAAUUAUCACAAGAUCUCUAAAUCAAAGGGAAGAAAUCUUGACUUUCAUUAAAUGUUCAGAAUUGAAAGGGGGGGGGGGCGAAUAGUGAACGUGUGUGCAUUGCAUCAUAAUUCAAAUGGCGUGGUUUUGAUUUCCCGCUCGUACGUGGCAAGGAGUAGGGUUGUUCGUCCAGUACUCCAGUUUCCUUCAAUUACUAAAGACCACUGCAAACAAACUGACUAUUGAAAUGAAUGAGUUAUAGUCCUGAAAUGACAUAAUUUGUGUCGAGUGGAUGUUACGCAACAAAAUAUCGAUUCAAGUAUCUUGCGAAAACCUCCCUGGGGAGAUUUGCUAUAUAAAAUAGGUCUAUAUUGGAAAGUGUAAUAAACUUUUUUUUUGAAAAUAUCCAAAAAUUAAACUGAAGGAAACACCAAAUCCAGUUGAAGUGCCCCAAGUCCAAGAAAAGAGACCCUCUGUGUCCUGUAAGAAAUGAGGCCCUUUGACUUGAUGGCAAAGCUAUCUGUGUCUGUUUCCAGUAGUAAGGUCAAGAUCCAUGCGUGUGACCCAUCAUUCAUUAGUGCACAUAGGCCAAGUUGUUUUUUUGUUAUCUCUUGCCAACAAACUGCGCUAAAUUCUAUGUCUGGAUGUUCGGUAGCGUUGUCUAUGAUGGGUGCUUAUAUCAAUAUCAAGGCGAUAUUGGCGAGCAUGUAAAAUAACUCUUGACAGUUGCAAUUUCACGUCGAGCCGCUGACAGAGGAAAAUUUCCCUUCUGGCAUACUGUAUUCAGUAACCCAGUCGGAGUAGGACGUUAAACCCCCAUUUCAUUUUAUUUCAAUACGUAUCACUGUCAGAUCCCGACUAAGAUUGUGUCGACCCCUGCACGUUUAUUUUCCCAAUGGCGGGCGAAAAUUAUUGUUUUGGAAACGAGGCUAAUUGCGAUGACAUCACGCGCUGGGUGAAAAUUCAACAGAAUUGAAAUUAUAUUACAAAUAAAUUGGGUGAAAAUUAAAAUUGACUUGGGUGGAAAUUAAAAUGACUUGGGUGAAAAUUAUAAAAAAUAAAUUAUAUUACAAAUGAAUGGGGUGGAAAUAAAAAUUGACUUGGGUGAAAAUUAUAAAAAAACAAAUUAUAUUAAAUUUGACUUGGGUGAAAAUUAUAAAAAAACAAAUUAUAUUAAAUUUGACUUGGGUGAAUAUUAAAAAAAUACAAAUUAUAUUAUUUUUCAUGUCCCUUAUCAGCCACCGUAGCAAGUAGACUUAUAUUGUUAUAACAACUGUAAAGUAGUAUAUAUCUCACCAUUAGAUAUUUGCUUGGAAACGUUGCAGUAUAAUAAACCAAGUGAUUGUAUCCAUACUAAGUGUUCUUUUAUUAUAUCAUAAAUCAAUUAUUCUAUAACUACACUGGUUUAUUAUAUCAGGAGAAUAUUAUUCUAUAACUACACUGGUUUAUUAUAUCAGUAGAAUAUUAUUCUAUAACUACACUGGUUUAUUAUAUCAGGAGAAUAUUAUUCUAUAACCACAGUGGUGUAUUAUAUCAGGAGAAUAUUAUUCUAUGACUACACUGGUUUAUUAUAUCAGGAGAAUAUUAUUCUAUAACUACACUGGUUUGUUAUAUCAGGAGAAUAUUAUUCUAUAACUACACUGGUUUAUUUGAUAAACUUGUGUUUUUAUUGUUUAUAAAAUAAACUUGUAGUGUUAUUGUAUAUUACUGAGUAUUAUUAAAGUAUUAUUUGUAGAGUAUUUUGUAAGUAAAACUAAUAC